ACGUGUUUCCAACGAUUACUCAUUCCAAUGUGCCCAUGUAAUUUUCUAAAAACCCAUAACAAAUAUGAUUUAAUAAAUAUCUAAAAAGAACAUUGAAGUAAGUACUGCACCUUCCUAACCCACGUGCCCAAUAACGUGAUCUCGUGAGACCGAUGUCGCCAUGGUGACUGUUUUCAGUUCAAACGACGCCAUUGUUGUUGUCAGUUUACAGUUACAAAUCACGUCUCUUGUACUGUUUUCUCUUGCCCAUCAUUGUUCUAUUCUCCAUCAUGUUUGCGAAUGUUGCAAGCGCGUUUCACCAAGCUCGGGAUGAGUUGAACCGCAUGCAGAGACACAGCCUGGCUCUCUCCCACCCUGACACUCCCGUCCCCCUUCCAGACCCCACCCAUCGAUUCAACUCCCAUCCGCUAGCAGCCCCACCCGUCACCCUCACUCCUGUUUCCGACCCAUCCCUCCAGUCCUCAGCUGUGUCCCUGGUCUCUACCGAGUGUGUUGCCAUUGAUCUGGGCGAUCCAGUACACUCCCUCGGGCUGCCUUCAGUGAGCAAACCAGUAGAAAUACCAUCUCCAUGUCAAGACAUUGAUCUAGGCGAUCCCACAACAUCCCAGUAUCCAUAUAUUCCAGUAGAAUCACCACUGCCCUGCAUUGUGAUUGACAUUAGCGACAUUGAGCUGGAGGAUACACAGCAAACCCAGUCAUUCGUCGGAUCAUGCUUUUACUCGGUGCUUAAUUUCGUAAAAGAAUUAUUUUCUUUCUUUUAAUAACAAAUUUAACAUCUAAGACUUUUUCGGAUAUUUUUAAGAUAUGAUUUAUUAAACUUUUGUCCAGUUGUCCCUAUGUGAUUA